CGCGGGACCGGAACGCCUGCAGCUGAGCUCGCGUUGUAAUCUGUGACAGCUGGAAAUGGACAGCAGCAACGGAGAAGCCGGGAAACCGUCUCACACAGAUAUGAAACGUCCCAAGAGCCCCGACUGGCUGGACAGCAGCCCUCCCUGUAAGAGUCAGGAGGGAAAGGAGGAGGAAGAAGAGCAGGAGGAUGAAGAGGAAAAGAAAGUGGUGGCAGGGUACAGGGCCAAACGGGAGCGACGUCAGAGCAGCGGCAGUGCCACUAUGUGCCAGGUGUGCAACAUACAGCUCAACUCCAGUGCCCAGGCCCAGAUACACUACAGAGGGAAGACGCACCAGAGGAGGCUGCGCCGGCUUGCAAAGGCUGUCAGUGCAGGUGCACUGUCCCAGAGUCAAGUCCAGCCGCUCCUGGGAUCCCUGCCUCUGCCGGGUCGACCCCUGCAGCCGCAGACUCACGCCCAGCUGGAGCACUUUCUGCCACUGAGGGUUAAUGGCUCCUCACCACUCAGCCUCUUUCCCAAUUUCAACACGAUGGACCCAGUGCAGAAGGCAGUGAUCAACCACACCUUUGGCGUGGCCCCACCCAAGAAGAAACCCAUCAUCUCCUGUAACAUCUGUCACCUGCGCUUCAACUCCACUACCCAGGCAGAGGCACACUACAAAGGUCACAAGCAUGCUCGCAAGCUAAAAGCCUUGGAGACCCAGAGGAACCGGCAGAAGAAUGGACACAGUCCAUCCACAGCGGGAAAAGACAGAGACCGAGAUAGGGGAGUGAUGGGAGGAGGAAUGGUGCCAACAGACUCACUUUUGAAAGACAAAAAAGGCCCAAGCACCUGUUCUCACCCUGCACCGCAGCAAACUGAAAACACCCAGGGGAGUUCACUGGCAGCCACUCCUUCUUCACAGCCUUCAUCCACGGAUUCCUCCUCCUCGCUCCGCGCUCCUCAGCUGUCCCCGCAAGUCUCCCCUGGCUCUCAGCUUUCUGAUGUAGCCUCAGAGAGUCCACCUGUGGAGGGGAGUGGCCCGGCCACCAGUUCAGCCCCACUCUCUGACCCUCAGGGAGGUGAGGAGGAGGUGGUGAAGGUGGACGAGCCUAAGGAGGCCAAGAGCAACAAAAAACAACAUCUCCAUUGUCCUACGUGCAAAGUGACUGUCAAUUCCAGCUCCCAGUUGGAGGCCCAUUGUAGUGGCUCUAAGCACAAACAGAUGUUGGAUGGUCAGAACAGCAGCCAGUCACAGCGCAAAGUCAAGAUGGCAUCAUCUCCCAGACCCGCCAGCAGAAUUAAGCAACGAAUGGGCAGCAAGACCAGAGCGGUAGUUGGUGUGUCCAGCCAGCCCUUUCACUGUGAACUGUGCCAGGUGUCCGUCAACUCGGAGACACAGCUGAAGCAGCACAUGAACAGCAGGAGACACAAAGAGCGUUUGGCUGGGAAGCCUGUCAAGGCAAAGUUCACCCCCUAUAAUAAACUACAGCCCAGUGCUGUCUUAGCGACUAAACUGGCCCUGCAGAAGCAGCUGUCCAAGGCCCUGCCAGCAGGUUUCCUAACCAACCCCCUCAAUCCGGCUGCCUUGUGCACCAUGGCACCUGGACCAUUGGCACUACGGCUACCGCCAGGUCCUACAGCCAUCAUCCAGGGUCCCCUGAUCAGCCCCACACUCUUCAGGCCUGCCCCAGGACCUUUGAGGGCCACGCAUGCUCCCAUUAUCUUCUCUCCUUACUAGCAAUGAGCCAAAUUAGUCUGGAGGACUUACAGUAGUGUGGACAUAACCUAGCCAAAGCUGGACAAGGCAGGGGACCCCCUGAGUGACAAAAGGACACUAUGCAGUGACAGCGAGGGCAGCAUAUCAGCACAUCAAGUUUGGCAGGUUCAAGUCAUGAGAACAGUAUGCACAGUCCCCUGGUGCGGAUUGAGAUAUCAGUGCUGACUGAUCAGUGUCUUGCCUCCAUUAUAAAUGGAAGGACCAUCACUCAGCUGUUCCUCUCAACAAACUGUUGAGUGCAUGUUCCCCGGGGUCAGGACCCCUCUGGAAGCCAUAAUGACAAGCAUCUUUUAGUUUUGUUAAUAAUACUAUAAUAGACAAAUACACAAGGGUGUGUAAAUGUUACUAAGUGUUUGUUGCCAAAAUUCUUUAAUUUUAGAGCUUUCUAGUUGUACUCUGGGAGAACAAGUACAGAACUUCAUCCCUGCUUUCGUUUUAAUAAUCAAAUAUAAAAUGAAGAAAAUCCAGAUUGUGUUGAUCUCCCAUGAAACUGGCUACUUCCAUGUAAGCUUCUCCACCUAUGAAAAGACAAAGAAGAGCCAUAACUUUGGCUUACAUCUAGACAAAUGUAUGUCUUCACAGCUAUUGCGGAGGCCUUUUCUUAAGAAUUUAUUUUAGAUAAUUACAUACAUUGAUGUUUUUCUCAGUUGCUCUCUGUGUUAUGAAGUGACAAUCAACCACCACCAUGAUGAUGAUGAUGCCAAGUAUACCUGCUAUAUGGAAACAGAACACUUGUAAUACAUACAAUGAGAUGGUUUAAUUUAAAGUUAUAAAGUUUGAAACUUGGAUUUCUUCAACAUGAGCCAUGUUAACAAGCUCUUCAGGUGAUGGUUUGAUAAAUAAGCUAAAGCAACAGCUUGAUAUGGUUUGUGCAAUAUGAAGAGACAGGCUGAUGUGUGCUGUUGUCCAAAAUUAUAAAAAAAAAAAAAAAGAAAGAAAAAAAGAACCACAUUAUUAAUUGUGUCUGUGACAUUAUUAAACAUGUUUUUUUAAUAGAGUUGUAUUUUAAAAAAUUGUGUUCCUUCAUUUUAGAAAUCUCUCCACCUGACUGCUGAAUCAUCCUAAGCAAUAUGUGUUUUUUAAGUAAAAUUAAUGACUAGUGUAACUGUGCAUCAAUUGCAAUAAUGUAAAUUAUUAUGUGCUAAA